ACAAAUGUAUUGAAUGUUAUAUUCAAUGCUUUAUUACAUUAAGCGUUGCAUUCAUUGAACGAUUGUUUCGCCAUUUUAUAGCAUAAGUGACUCACUAUUGCAUUGAUUGCAUACUCAGUGAAGACAAACAAGACAUCACUUCUUUGAUUGCAAUCAAUUCAUUGUUUGGUCAUUUGGUGGACACAAUCAGUGCUGUAUGUCUGGCAUUCAAAACUUGAAAACAUUUGAUCCAUUCGCCGAUGCGAUUAAAGCGGAUGACAGCGGUGUUCAGGACGGACUGAUACACGUGAGAAUACAACAAAGAAACGGCAGAAAAACACUGACCACUGUUCAAGGGAUAUCUGACAACUACGACAAGAAGAAGAUUGUCAAGGCAUGCAAGAAGGAGUUUGCUUGUAACGGAACAGUUGUCGAUCACCCAGAAUAUGGAGAAGUGAUUCAACUACAGGGAGAUCAACGAAACAAUAUUUGCCAAUUCUUGACAAAAGUGAAGAUCGCAAAACCAGAACAGCUUAAAAUCCACGGUUUCUGAACACAACAACUCAUCUUCAGGACAUUGAUUCCCAUUUAUUAAAUGAUUGAUGCGUUGAUUGAUCGGCCCUUUUAUAUUAUAUUUAUAUGAUUACUCUUUAUAUUAAAUUAAUGUUUCAGAUUAUAUUUGCAAUUAUUGUCUCAUAAUAAAGCAUAAAAUGUAACCAUUAAUAACUGUUUGCUAAUAUAUCGAUAGUUUUUUUUAAUUCAAUCACAGAUUGAUGUAAAACAGGCAUUAAUAAUAUCAUUAUUCCGUAGUAAACGGUACACAAAACUAUCGAUAUAUUAAUGGAUUUGAUAACUAGUUUAAGGUUUUUGGUAUUAAAUUUUUUAUACUUAGAUAAUAAAGUUAAGACUCAUUUUCCAAAUUAUUUAAAUUGACUUUAAUCUUAAUUAGGAUAAUUAAAAUUAUAGGUUAAAAUGUUAUUAUUACUAUCA